GUUCAGUUACCCGAUGGUACAACACAACUGAUUACUCCCAGGACCUGUGAUUUUAAAAAAUUAAGUCCAUUAAAGUACAGAUUGUUGACCCAGGUGUACGUCUCACAUGGUGUCUGGUCAGAACCCUGCAGUAUAAACUUUUGUGUUGUGAUGAGUCACAGAGAUGACACUCAACCUCAAGCAGUUCUUGAUCCAGGUCAAAGUUCAGCAACAGAAGAAAAGGGAAUAAUUGAACUUUGUAAACCUGUGAAAGUGUAUCUACUUCCUAAACCAGCAAAACGAUGAUGCAAUGCACCUACUUUUAUCUCUGUAACAUUCAUAUAUUCGUGAUAUUUCCGGAUUACAAGUGGGACUCAUAAAUUUUGUAUGUGAAAUGAUGAGUUGAAUAAAGUGACUGUAGAUAUCA